AUGGCCGGCUGCAGCUUCCCUGUGGUGCAGCCGGAGGAGGUGGAGGUGAGAGCCUGGAAGGCCAGCAGAAGGACCGGGGCGCCGGAGGAUGACAGCCUCACCAACCUCCAGUGGCUCCAGGAGUUCUCCUUCCUCCCCGCUGCUGACCCCGAGGCACCCUCGGCCUCCAGAGUCCUCCAGGGCUCCUACGGCCCAGCCAGCCCCCCAGCCGGAGACACUGCAGCCAAGGGGAUGCCCGCCAGCACGGGCAAGCCCACCUCCUCCAGCACCAGCUUUCGGCAGCCCCCCGCCACCCUGGCUUCCGAAGCCGCCGCCGCCUGCAAGACGGACUCCCAGGUGAAGCCCCCCUUCUCCUACGCCACCCUCAUCUGCAUGGCCAUGCGGGCCAGCAAGGAGGCCAAGCUCUCGCUCGCUGCCAUCUAUGCCUGGAUCAUGGAGAACUUCUGCUAUUACCGCCAUGCGGAGCCCAGCUGGCAGAACUCCAUCCGGCACAGCCUGUCGCUCAACAAGUGUUUCCAGAAGGUGCCGCGGGGAAAGAACGAGCCCGGCAAGGGGGGCUUCUGGCGGAUCGACCCCCAGUACGCAGACACCCUCCUCAACGGUGCCUUUCCACGGAAGCGGAUGCCCGCGCUCCCCGCUCCGGCUGCAGACGCCAGGCACGGAUCCUGCCGGAGGGCGAGAAGAGAGGGCCUGCUGGGGCAAAGAGGGAAGCAGUGGCCGCUUCUGCCGGGCCCCCUCAGCUGGGCUCCUGCGCUGGAGGGGGCCCUGGAUGCCAGAGAAGAGGGCCUGGAGCUCAGUGCGGCCCUUGGCGCUCUGGUCACAGCAGAGGAGCUGCCUGCCCUCUCCCCACAGCCGCCUCUCAGCGCCCUGAGCCAGAGGGGCCCUGCGACACCCCCCGCCGAAGAGGAGGAGGGCCUGGUGCUGCGCCCGGAGCCUCUGGCCGAGCCCUGGGAGGAGGCGGGAGCAGAGCCCAUCCUGGGAGGCGGCUGGGGUCUGGAGGAGGAAGAGCCCGCCUUUGCCCACAGCUUCCUGGCCGUCGAGUUGCAGCCCUGGGAAGGGUGA